AUGACAUCACAAUUCUUAGGAAGACAAAAGAAUAAUAAUGAUGAUGAUAAUGUAAAAGUAUGGACAAAGAUUGAUGAAACAUUAUUUAGAAGAGUUUGGAAUAACAAGGUAUUACAAAGAUUGAUAUGCUCAAAGAUUAAAGAUUAUCUAUCAAAAGAUGAUCGUGCUGUUUUGAUCAGUUCUGGUGCUGCAGGUGUAAUAGAAAGGUACAAAGCUGAUAGAUUGGAAUUCAUUAAAAGUAAUAGUCUAUAUGGAGCAUAUGGUGGUGAUUAUGCACUGUAUAGUUGUUACUUCCUCACUGUCGAUCUCUUUAUAUCUCAUUAUGACAGUUAUCAAAAGAAGACAACUAGAGGACAAUCGGUCAUUGACGAUUUGUCUUACAACAAACGAAACUAUAGAGACACAUGGUUGUUUCGUAGAGUAUUUGAUAUAUUGAAAGAAAGAGGUAUGGAGCCUGAAUCAAUGGCAACUGUUAAUACUUGGAGAAAUGUCAUCAAAUCAAAUAAUGUAGAAUGGUACAACUAUGUAAAAUCAAAGUUUCCAAUGCCCGCCACUGGCAUACACCAUUUCAAAAAAGAGUUGGUCCCUCUAUCGGCCAAACCAUCACAAGAUAAUUAUCGUGCCAUUCAUCCAAUGACUGGUACUGAAUUAUUGGCUGAACUACUCCAAGAUCUCAUCGAUUUCGAUCCAUCAGAGAAUUGGUUAGAACGUGUCAAUUUUUCGUAUUUGGCAGAGCAUGGAUUAGUAGAUAUCCUCGAGACGAUAGAGAUGCAUGCAGGCUCAUAUAUUCCACGUACACUUACACCCACUCCACCCGGAUACGUAUCCAAAUCACAACAGGUUCAAUAUCUCGACCGUCACCUAACAGAACAUACAAUGACGGUAGCCAUUCAACACAAACAAAUCGCAUUCAUAAAGUGUCUCUACAAAGUCUCCAAGAUUCCAUUGACUCUUUCAACUCUGAUGGCAAUAGCUCGUACAUGCGACCUCCCAUUCAUCAUUGCACUACACAAUAUCGAGCCAGAAGCCGGUCGUCUAUACACCAUCUUUCUUCAUGUUAUGAGCUCCAAAUUCAGCCAAUACUUUGCCAUCUCACCUCAUAGUGUAUCAAAAUGCAAAAACUUUAGAAAGGAGUUCACCGACCAUGUCAAAUCACUCAAUUACCUAGACCACAACCUCAAAUGUUUCACCGACACUGCCACCUUGGAUGCGACCGCGCGAGUCAUCUACCAACCCAAAAAUACUGAACAACAUUUUUCAAUAUUCCAACAACACGAUCCCCAAAUAUCAACCUUUUCAUUUGAUGAUGUUGAUGAUACUAGAUAA